CUUUACUUGGUGUCGCUUUGUGCUGUGUAUGACAGACGGAAAAUAUCGACGGAAACACGGAUAAACCUGUUUAUUCGAGAGACGUAUUCAGCAGAAGAUAACAUUUACCAUAACAGCAGUAUACUCUUCCAGCACGGUGCUUUUUGUAGCACAGUGUUCAAGAAACAUUAAAGAUGUAUGAAUAAUUGAUCGGGCCAAUCCGAUUGAGCAGUAUUUCUGUCGGGACCCCAGGACGUUCGCAGCAUGCCAACGGACAGCGUUGCCAAGUCAACAAAGUCCAAGAGAGUGGAGAUGAUCCGAAGGAACCGCAGCCAUGGCGAGGGUCGGGCAUCCAUUCCAAGCAUGAGUCGUUUCCGUGAUGAUAUCGAGGCUGAGGGACUGCUGCCUCCCAUCAUGAGAGAUCGCCUGUAUGACCUGUUUGGUCAGAUAGAGAAAGAAUUUGAAAACCUCUACAGUGCAAACCUAACAUUACAAGAGCGAAUAGAACUGCUUGCUGCGUCUGGUGUAGACAAAGCUGUGAUAGACAUUCCUGAUGCGUCAGAAGUGGGCCAGAAACCUAAAAGAUCAGCAAGCCAGCUGUCACAGAGGAUAAAAACGACGUACAAAGCCUCAACGAGCAAGAUCGUGUCGAGUUUUCGCCCUCAGUCGACGCUCUACAAUCUCGUCCGAAUAUACCGAGGUCACCGCGACGGGGUAUGGGACGUCAGUGCCUCGAAGUCAGGUCACCAGGUCAUUGGAACCGCAUGUGCAGACCACCGCGCCAGGAUAUUUUCAAUCGAGACUGGCCAUUGUCUAGUGCAAUACGUUGGACACCAGGGCUCGAUAAACUCGAUCCGCUUUCACCCGAGUCAGGAUCUGGUGCUGACGGCGUCUGGCGAUGAAACGGCUCACAUCUGGCGACCCCAGGUCACGUUACAGUCGCACUCGGAGGUCGUGAAAUCUCAUUCGUCGGGUGAAGAUGACAUUGAAAGUUCUGAAAAGGAAGAUGCAGAUGAGACUGCUGAUCAGAUUCACGAAGGCGCGAAGCUGCGCACUGCCCAGAUGGAGUUGACGGGUCACGUGGGUGUCGUCAUGGCCGCUGACUGGAUGGCGGGAGGAAGUCAGGUGAUCACAGCAUCGUGGGAUAGACAGGCCAUUCUGCAUGACGUUGAAACGGGCGAGCAGAUAAACACUCUAACAGGUCAUAUUCAGGAGCUAAAUGAAGUCCGAGCUCACCCGAGUCAGCGACUAGUGGUGACCUCGUCGAAGGACACGACCUUUCGCCUCUGGGAUUUCCGCGACCCAUUCAUGAAAGUGAAUGUCUUUCAAGGGCACACUCAACCGGUCACCUCAGCUGUAUUUGCUGGCGGAGAUAAGAUCGUCUCCGGGAGUGACGACCGCACGGUUAAAGUGUGGGACCUCAAGAACAUGAGAUCUCCCAUGGCAACGAUUCGACUAGAUUCAUCGAUCAACAGAAUAUCCGUGUCCUCUGUGAAUAACGUGAUUGCAAUUCCUCACGACAACAGAAACAUCCGUUUGUUUGACCUGAACGGAGUUCGUAUUGGUCGACUUCCUCGCACCAACAGACAGGGUCACACGCGGAUGGUGUGUGCGGUUUGUUGGGCUGAUGAUAACUCUGUGUCCAAUCUCUUCUCGUGUGGUUUCGAUCGCCAGGUCCUCGGGUGGAACAUUAACCUGCAGAUCAAAGAGUAAUGGUGGAAUCAUUGCCCAGGCUACCACUCAACCAGUUUGGUGUAAAAAGCUCACAAAUAUUGGAACUGAUUGCGAUAAAAAGUCACAAACUCAAAUAGCUUGGUAUAAAAAAUUGUUUUGCAAUUCAAACAGUUUGGUGUAAAAUUCACAAAUAUUGGAUCAGUUGAUCAUUUUGGUGGAAAAACACAAACUUGGAUAGAGCUAUGGAAACAUUCACAAAUAUUGGAACAUUUUAACAGUUUGAUGUUAAAAUUCACAAAUGUUUGAAGAGUGAUAUAAAAAUAUUUGAACAUG